GCACUUCUACAAGAGAUACCCCGGUGCAGUGGGGGAAAAUGUUUUCCCCUGAUAGGCAGGGAUUUUUCCCUGCCCUUUGGCUCCAACUACUGGAAAACAUGUCGCCGAUGGAAAAGGAAAAAUGGGAAAAUCUCAAAACUAGGGAGGACAAAAUCAAGUUUAUUUGGGAAUUAUCUUUUGUGCAGCAAAGGUUUCAGCUAAUCAGCAAUAUCAGGCAUGAGAAAAACCUUGAGGGUAGUAGAACACAGAGAGAGGCGGGAAAUAGUGCUUUUCAAGGGGGAGACUUAUCAGGCGCAUUAGUCAAUUAUAGCAGGUCUGUUGUAUUAGCUCCGGACAAAUCAGAAGAUCUAGCUUUAGCCUACGCUAACAGAGCCACUUGUCUUCAACGACUGGGAGGAUAUGAUUUCGCUAUUCAAGACAUCAAGUUAGCCCUGGAGAAUAAGUACCCAGCAAAAAACCGGUUUAAACUAGAAGAGAGGCGGGGACAGUGUCUUCUAGCUCUUAAAAGAUAUAAGGAGUCAAGAGUAGCACUUGAAGCAGCUGUUGAUUGUUUAAAGUUCUCUGCUCUAGAGGAAGGGAAAAAGAAAAAAUUUCUUAAGGAUGUUCAAGACAGUAUGCAUAAGAUUGAAGAAGGAGAAAAAGUAAAAGACAAACAGAAAACUUCUGCUGUUGUUACCAUUUCAACAGUUGAUAAAUUUAAAGAAAAAAUAUUAAAGGUUGAAUCGUGCAGUAAAAUGUUCCCAGCCAUAUCCGAUGCUGUCACUUUCAAGUACCAAAAGGGAAGGGGAAGAUAUGCUGUUGCAAACAAGACAAUUCCAGUUGGGAGUACAAUAUUAAAGGAAAAGCCAAUAACAUGGUCCCUGCAUCCAGAUAAAUUUGGAUCCCACUGUACCGAAUGUAUGGGACAGAUUAAAGCAGUUAUACCUUGCAGAACCUGCUGUGGGGUCAGUUUCUGCAGUGUGGAAUGCAGAGAUAUAGCAUUAAACACAUAUCACAGAUAUGAAUGUGGAUUACUUGGUAUACUUGUGGCUUCUGGUCUCAAUGUUUAUCCUUUCUUGGCGAUUAGAUUGCUUGCAAGAUUUGGAUUUGACUAUUUAUGGAAUUUGAAAGACGAACUCAGCCAUGAUGAAACCUCGGGGGCUGAAAUCGAAAGGAGUUCUGAGUACAAAUCUGAAGAUUUUUUUAACGCGUAUAAUCUGGUCUGUCAUGAGGAUAAACUAGAUUCUGAGGAAUUUCUGCUCAGAACCUUUGUGUCCACAUUCCUUCUUAAACUUUUACAGUUCAACAACUUCUUCUCAGAGCAACAACAACAACAACAACAACAGGCCGUAGAGAUAAGCGAGAAGGAGAAAUUUAUUGGUACGCUUCUUCUACACUUUAUUAAUACACUACCACAGAAUGUUCAUGAUAUUGCACUAAUGGAGACAGCAGAUCCAAGACGUUGGCUGAAUUCUAACCAAGUUAAAUCUUUGGGUGCUGGUGUAUACUGUACUGCAGCCCUGUACAACCACUCCUGUGCCCCCUGUUUUAUGAGAUGUAACUAUGGGAAGAGUAUGGUUAGUGUUACAAACAGAGAAAUUCCAGAAGGAGAUGAAAUUACAGAGUGCUACGGACAAAUGUACUAUACAAAAACAUUAGAACAAAGGCGAGGGGAUUUAAAGAAGCAUUAUAAAUUUGAUUGUCGAUGUAUAGCUUGUGUAGAAAACUGGCCUACUGUCAAGGUAUGAAUACUAAUCAAAGCA